AUGGAUGAUACUGCUAAAGAGUUUGAGGUCAUUUCGAUCAAUGAUUCACAGGAAAAUACCCAGACAAUCGCUUCGAUAGUUCCUCAUGAGAGACAGGUCAUCGAUGAUGUGAUAGCAAUUUGGAAAGAAGAUCCAGCGACAGAAUCACUUGGUUUGAGCAAAUUGCAUGCCAUAGUCAAGUCCAGAAACAAUUGGUCUUUAUCUGAGAAAAGGCUUCGAAAUUUGCUUAAAAGCUAUGGGUUAUUGGCGAACAAUUCGAAUCAGCAACAAUUUACAUACGCUAAUGAUAUAAAAUCAUCUAAUUCUGUCGACGUCGAGUUGCCAAACAGUGUCAAGAUAGUGAUGACGUCGAAGCGAGGCAAAGGUUUGUAUGCCAAAUCAAACAUUCCUAAAGGUGAGCUCAUUUGGGAGGAGCCCCCUUUAUUCUUCGUCCCUCCAUUGGCGAACAUUAAUUUGAUAAAGAAAGGAAAUGCAUGUGCAUAUUGCUCAAAAGUAUUGACUCAAGGGAGUUCCACCAUUUCUUUCUUAAAAGGCUUGGAUUGUAAUGUAUGCUCAGAAGCUUGGUGCUCGCAGAAAUGCAAGAAGAUGGACUCUCAGUUACAUGGCAUGUUAAAGCACAGUUUAUAUAACCCGAUGUUUAAAAAUAAACUGCUGAAACUAAUUGACGCGAAUGCUUUCUUGGAAUUGCAAGAUUAUUGCUUAAGAGAACAGUGGAAUGCUCUAUAUGCGAUUGCUAUUAUAUUUGCAAAUAUUUUGACCGAUAAAACUGGCAUAAAAGAGAAACAAUUUCACGCGAUGGCGAGGGUAUCACAAGAGGUUAGAUACAAGGCCCUAAAUUCUUCGGCGGGUACAUUCGAUAACUUACAAGGAGGUGCUCUCUUUGUUCAAGAACAGCAGGAAACUUUAUGGAAAGAAGGUUUCGAAAAAUUUUUGAACGUUUUUCCAAGAGCACAAGAAGACCGGGAAUUUACGUACGAGGAAUUCAUGUGUAUGAUGGGGACAUAUAACAUUAACAACCUAGACUCUUCUAUAUACCUAGUUCAGUCGCAUCUUAACCAUUGUUGCGAUCCCAAUACUGACGUUCAAUCUUCCACGACAUCUAGAAUCCAAGGGUUGAAGGUAUUUGCUUCAAGGGACAUUAAGGCUGGUGAGGAGCUAACGACUACCUACGUAAAUCCCAGCCACACGGUUCAACAGAGACAAAGAGAAUUGCGAGUUAAUUGGGGCUUUUUAUGUAACUGUCAGAAGUGCAAAGAAGAUUUAAAGGCACAACAAAGGCGAAAGUCAAGUUCAGGAAGUCAACCAAAAGACUCUAAGAAUACUAUUAGACAGAUGUUAAAGAACACAGAAAAAGAGCUUGGCGACUGUGAAAUAGAACUAGAGACGAACUUCGAGGAGGUUGGCUUUCAUGGAGGAAGAAGAAAAUCUGUUAGAUUUGAUGAGAAAGUGAUAGCACGUAACGACCAAGCGUAA